AAUUUUUUCUUUCGCUUUAGUCGGUAGCCAUAAAGUACUGAUUCGGUUUCGAUUCCUUGUAAUUCGGUAUCGCGAAAAAAUCCUAUUGGAAUUAAUUUCAAGGAAAUCUUUGCAGUAAUCCAUUCCGUCCGAAUGGACUGCAGCCAUCGAAAAGAGAUCAACAUGCAUUAACAAAAAACGUAUAUAGCUAACGAGGUAUUAGCUCGAGUAAUAAAGGAUUAAAAAUGCAAAAUUGGAAUCAAUGGCAAGUACCAACUGGUGCCAUUACUUCUUCAAUGCCUCAGCCACCAGUUGGUUAUACCACGCCAGGAGCAGAUACAAUGGCUAUGAUGCAAACUUAUAUGCAAUACUAUAAUCAAUCAGCACCUACUGGAUAUACACCUGAACAAUGGGCCGCUGCUCAGCAACAAAAUUGGACGCAGUGGCAACAGUGGCACCAACAAUAUCAACAGUGGCAAGCACAGUACGGAGAAAAGUAUCAAGAAACAAUGAAGCAAAUGUCAUCACAAAAUUUAAAUUUAUCCGGUCAUGCACCACCAUUACCAACAAUGCCACCACCACUUCCUAAAGAGGAUUUUAAACCCCCUUUACCUCCGAGUUCUGUUAAUACAUAUCAAUUCACAAAUAUUCCUCCGCCACAUCAAAACAAUCUUCCAUUAUUUCCUUCGAAGCAGCCCGUAAGUAACGCGCCUUUGCAAUUAAAUGUUCAUUCUUCCCAAAAUCCACCUCUGCCACCACCGUUGCCUCUGGAGAGUGCUCAGAGUAAUGACGGUAAUUCUGCUAAAAAACGUAUUAGUAAUACUGUUAGUGAAUCUUGUAGUGCAAAAAAGUUAAAAACUGAAGAAGACGAAGAAUUAACUGAUGCUGAAAAAACAUUUGAUGCUCAGUUUAAGCAGUGGGAAGAACAGUUUAACGAUUGGAAGCAGCAAAAUAUAAAUCAUCCUGAUAAGACACAUUAUAAAAUAUAUGAAGCAAAGUGGACAUCUUGGCGUGAGAAACUUAUUGAACGUAGAGAAAUGAUGCGUAAGAAGCGUGAACAACAGAAACAAAUGACCGCUAAAGCGGAUACUGAAAAAACAAAGAAUCUACCUGGAGGAGACAAGAUAAUGAAUAUUUUAUCAAGUACAGAAAAUCAAGGAUUAAUUAACAAUCUUUUAGGCAUCGGAAAAACUCUUGGGUUAACAGGAAAACAAAAUACAGGAACACUUCCACCACCACCUCCUCCACCUCAGACCACAAGCAAUAUUUCAUCUACAACAGUUACACCGGCAAUAACUACACAGCAAUCAACAUCUCAAUCUUCGAAUACGGAUACUGUAUCAUCUUGGAAUGCUCAACAAGCUGCACAGUGGGCAGCUCAAUUUAAUUCUGGAAUGCAAAAUUAUAUCGGUUUUCAUAAAAAUCUUACAUCGACUCAGCCAUCAUUUGGAGCAGCAAUAAGUGCAAUGCAUCCUCCAAAUUUCGCACUACCACCACCUAAUGUGCCAAAUGCAGGACCAAAUUUUUUACAACCACCACCAGGUUUUAAUAAUAAUAAUAAUAAUAGUAAUACUACUACUACUACUACUAAUAAUAAUAAUAAUAAUAAUAAUAACAACAACAACAACAACAACAAUGAUGGAAGACAAGUACCGGACACAGGUGUGAGAUCAAUUUUACAGAACAGAUCCUCUUAUGGGUCAAGUGGAAAUAAUUUGAAUACGUUUGGUGCUAAUGAAAAAGCAAGUUCAGACAUUAAUCGUUUCGGAUCCAAUGAUCCUUCGAGUUUAUCCGAUUAUUCUGGUAAUUUCGAUGCAAUCGACAAUUCUAAUAAUGAUCGGAUGAAUAAUAGGAAAGGAUCAUUAGGUAGCACUGGUCCAGAAUUAUUUAGGCGAGAAAUAGAUAAAAAUUUAUCCGAACAUAAUCAAUUUAGAUCUGAUGGAUCAUUUAAUUAUGGUAAUGUGAGAUUCAAUAGAGGAAAUGAACAUUAUAAAUCAGCAGAUGAGACAGAUAUUGAUGGGAAAAAUUAUAAUAAACAACAAGAAAGAAAUUUCAUGGAACGUGGUGGUGGUGGUGGUGGUGGUGGUGGUGGUGGCGGUAAUAAUCAACUCAAUACACCAAAUAAUUUUAAUUCGAUUAAUAAUUUAAACAAUGAUUGUUUCAAUAUUGAUCGUUCUGGUCCACCAGGAUCGAGUGAUCGCUUUGGAUCAUCUGGUGUUGCUGGGGAUCGUUUUGGAAAUUCAAAUGAUCGUUAUAACGAUCGAUUUGGAUCAAGAGACAGAUUUGGAUUAAAUAAUAUACGAUUUGGAUCUGGUAAUGAUAGAUUUGGUCCAAGUAGUAACCGAUUUGGACCACUCAAUCGUUUUGGCAAUAAUAACGAUCGUUUUGGUUCAAGAAAUGAAAGAUUUGAUCAGGGAAGUGGAUUAGAAUGCGGCGAUAUAUUUGCACCAGGUUUUGAUCCUUUUAAUGUAUCAUCUAGUGAUAAUGUUGGCCCCGGAAACAACAAUAGAUUUGGAAGAAAUAUGGAUCAUUUUGAACAAAACAAAGGAAUAGAUAAUGUAAAAGAUAAUAAUAAUUCUCGCAACUUUGAAAGAAAUAAUCAAAUAGAACCUAACUAUGUAUUGCCACCAGAAUUAAAGAAGCUUAUGGAAAAAAGAAAAGCCGCUACAGAUGUAUUCAAACCUAGUUUUCAAGAUUCUGAUAAAACUGUUAAUGUUGGAUCUUUAAGUGAGAGUUUUAAAAAGAUUACUGGUGGUGAUUUACCCUUCAUAUCGAAAAGUUCUACCGACUUUGGACAAAGGGAUUUGGGAGUAAGAGGAAUGACAACUUAUAGUCCUCGACUUAGUGGCAAUUUUGAACUUUCCAAUAAUCCUAGAUUAUUUGGACCUCGUGGCCCUAAUGAUUUUAAACCACACGGCGGAAAUUUUGACUUUAGAUUUCGUGGUCACGCUAAUUUUAACCAACGUGAAAAACCUUUUGAUUUCAACGAUCCUAAUAGUCCAUUUAUUCGAGAAUCCUCCACCCCUAAUUUUUCUAAAUUUGAUAAAAAUCAAAGUAUGUUUGGUUCAGUGGAUGUUGAUCAACGAAUUGAUCAACGAAUUGAUCAACGAAUUGAUCAACGAAUUGAUCAACAAUUUGACAGAGGAGAUCCUAAAUUACAACAAAUUAAAGAUACGCAGAAUAGUGGACUGUCGGAUGAUAAUGUAUCUUUAAAUACAGAUAACAUAAUUACAGAGAAAAAAUUAGAUAUUCCUGUUAAUAAAGAUGAAACAGAUAAUACAGUUAAAGCAAAAGAAGUAUCUCAAACAGAAAAAAUAGGAGAAGAAUCGUCGUCGUUGAAUAUUACGGAUACAACACAAUCAAAUAUUCAAGAAGAUAAAGGUACACGCUCGGCGGAUGUAUUAUCAUUAGAAAAGCCACCUUGGAUGGAUAAAUCAUUUCCUGAUGUUAAUUUGUCUAAGAAAGAUGUUAAUAACACGGAAUGUAAUACUCAAUCAUCAAGUUCAAAUUUGAUUGCUCCUGUUGAAGAAAAUAAUGAAAAAAUCGAUGACAAAAUACAAGCAGAACAUCAGUCAGAUCAAAAAUUAGAAUCAAAUGCAUCAGAUACAGAGCAAAUGAAAAAAUCUGAAGUCUUACCUUUUAUGGGAGAGAAUGAUCCAAAACCGGAAGAUUUAAACAUGGAACCUCCACCAGAAUUACCUAAUUUAGGGCCAAUAACGGAUAAUUUGAAUAACGAUAACAACAACACAUUUGCCAAUAAUCCAAAAUUAAAAGAGCCUUUUGGUGCAGAUCGUAAUUUUCUUACGGGGGGAGAAUUAGAGCGAAAUUCUACUAAAUAUUUUGAUCCAAAAAAUUCAUUUAGUCCUAGGGGCCAUAACGAUGGAAGGUUUUUACAACAGUCUCCAAAUAAUGGACAAUUUUCGUCAUUAGGACCAAAUGAUAUAGAAUUUAAAUCACGAGGAUCAUCGAUUGGUGGACAAUUAGGUGUUGUUAGAGGAGGUAAUAAUAAUAGAAAUGUAGGACUGUGGAGACCGAAUGAAAUGCCAUGCGAUAUCAGAGAAUUUAAAGAUACAAAUUUUGGUCCUAGAGGACUUGUUGACAGAUUUCAUACUCCUAUAAAUGAAAGAAAUUUCAAUAAUAGAAGAUCUAUGGAUGGAUCGUUUGAUCCUCAAUGUUCUAAUGAUGGACCUUUUUCUUCUGGACAAUUUUCACAUCACAAUCUACAAGAUAGAAUGCUUGGUCCUCCUCGAAAUUUAAUGGAAAGACAUUUUGACAUACGUAAUACAGGAUUAAAUACUAAACCAUUUGGAGCUCGUGGACCAUUUGAAAAUCCUUUCGAAUUUCAAGGUAUAAACAAUGAAGCAGCGAGUACACGUAAUUAUAACAACAGAUUAUGUAGCAAUAGAUCACCCUUUGGCAAUAAACCUUCUGGUGCAUUUGUUGAUGGUGGUGGUGGUGGUGGUGGUGGUGCACUUGAUAGUGGUAAUAAUAAUGAUAUUUAUCAAGACAAAUUUAAUGAAAAUUAUUUAGAUAGGAAAUUCGAUCGAGGCAUUACUGAUACUGGAACUUGUAAUACAGGAUUAAAUUUAAAUUUUGAAUUGGGUAAAAUGAAUAAACCUGAUUGUAAAACAUCAUUUCAAAGCAAUUUUAGUGACCCCACUGGUUCUAGGUCACAAUACGGACCUGAUUGCCCUAUUAAUCUUCCGCCUCACGAAUUCAAAACUAACAUUCAUAAUCAAAUGUCUCCGUUCGAUAAGAAGAUCGUAGAAAAAUCUGCUAUUGAUUCAAAUAUCGUUGGAGAUUCUAGAAUUGGUUAUGGAGACAUUUCUGCUGGAUUAGAUUACAAGUACAAUAAUUCUCUUGCUUUUAUUAAACAACGACCUAUCGACAAUCCUCAGUUAUCAUCAUCAUCAUCAUCAUCAUCUUAUAUGAGAGGUACACCUAACAAAGAAUUCUGUAUAGAGAGACAAUUUAAUUAUAACCAUGGUGGUGCCAGUAAAGAUAAAAAAUAUACCGAGCACGUACCUGUUAAAGUAAUCGAUUAUGCCCAUGCUCCUCGCACCAUAAUGCAAGAACAUUUAACACCUGUUCAAUGUUUUGAUUAUGGACAUGGAAAAUUAAAACCUGUCGUACCGGAUCAUGAAAUGUUGCCGAAAAGAGAUUUUAGAAAUUGGGAAGAAAAUGAACAGAACUUGAAAGAAUAUAAAGAAAAAAUGAAGACAUAUGAAAAUUCAGUGGUGAUGAAACAUGAACAUAGACGAAAGACAAAAUUAAAUGAGCCGAGAGAAAGCGAUUGGACUUCUAAUAUCAGAAAAUAUGAACGAGAAAAGAGAAAUGCAGAUGACAAGAAAGAAAGGGAAUACUCCUCCAAAGAAGAAAGAGUUUAUCCUAAUAUUUCGGAUAAAGAAAGAGAAGAAUCCAAAAGAAUUCAACAAAGUGAUAAGAUUAAUGAUAAAGAUAGAGGCCAUGAGAGAUGCGAACGAGUUCAAACAGAUAUAAGCAAAGAGAAUGACAGAGAGAAGGACAGAUCAAAAGGACGUACUAACUGGCAGGAGAAUUCAAACAAGAACACCAUAGAGACUAAACCAUCAAAUACCAGCUUUACAGACAAACAGCAAAAUGUAUCCGAAUUACCAUCAACAAAGACUUUGGAACUGGCGAAAACGGCUAACUGUACAAUGGUGGAUGAUCUACUGUGUCCUCCAGGUCGUCAAAAUAGACCAUCUAAAAUAGCUAUUAUUUUAAGAGGUCCCCCUGGUAGUGGCAAGUCAUUUGUAGCUAAAUUAAUUAAGGACAAGGAAGUUGAACAAGGAGGCUCUGCUCCGAGAAUAUUAAGCCUUGAUGAUUAUUUCCUCGUUGAAAAGGAAAUAGAAACAAAAGAUGACAAUGGGAAGAAAGUAAUAGCAAAGGAAAUGGUUUACGAAUAUGAAGAUGCAAUGGAACCAAGUUACAUAGUAUCGCUUGUAAAAGCUUUUAAGAAAAAUAUUACCGAUGGUUUCUUCAAUUUUAUUAUAUUAGAUUGUAUUAAUGAAAAAAUAUCAGAUUACGAAGAUAUGUGGAGCUUUGCAAAAAGUAAAGGAUUCAAGGUAUAUGUAUGCGAAAUGGAAAUGGAUGUACAAAUCUGUUUAAAAAGAAAUAUUCAUAAUCGAUCAGAGGAUGAAAUUAAUAGAAUUGUGGAUUAUUUUGAACCCACGCCAAGUUAUCAUCAAAAACUAGAUGUAAAUUCGAUGUUACAAGAACAAGCAAUCGAAGAAGUACAAAUGGAAGAUAGUCAAGAAAUUUCAGAUAAAGUAUUACAACCAAACGAAGAAAGUCAAGAUAGUCAGGACGAUGUUCCGGAAAUGAUUGGUAUUAGUAAAUGGGAACGAAUGGAAGCAGAAGAUAAGUUAGAUCGUCUAGAUGGUUUAGCGAGAAAAAAAAAUGAAAGCAAACCACAAACGAUGGAAGAUUUUUUACAAGUCCCCGAUUAUUAUAACAUGGAAGAUACGUCUGGAAAAAAGAGGGUGAGAUGGGCAGAUUUAGAGGAACGUAAACAACAAGAAAAGAUGCGAGCCGUUGGUUUUGUUGUUGGUCAUACUAAUUGGGAUCGUAUGAUGGAUCCUACAAAAGGUGGAAGUGCUCUAACGCGUACCAAGUAUAUAUGACGCUAAGUUAUUUUUUAAGUAUUGGACAUAACAAUAGAAA